AUGACGACGACGAUGUUGACUUCUCGCCUCGCGAGUCACUCUGUCUCCUCUUCGUCCUUUUCUCGAGUUGCUGCCGUCGCCGAUAGAAGAGCAGCUCAACCAACAAGAUACGAUUCCAGUUGGAAACAACAACAACAACGACACCCAUUUCCCCUCCGGCCAUCGAGGAAGGCAAAGUUGCUCCUGAGUGGUAGCGAUAGCAGCAAAAUAGAAGUGAGAAUACAAAGGAGAAGAGCAUUUGUUCGUAGUACUACUAAUGACGGUAGUAACAACCACCAACAUCUUGAGGAGAAGGAGGAGCGGGAGGAGGAUUUUGAAAAGAAAACGAGAGAAGAAGGAAAAGACUGGGAACGAAAACUCUUUAACGUGGACGAUGGAAAUGAAAGUAUUACUAUUGGAAAAAUAUGGGCAGUACCGUGGUCUCUGUCGCACGUCGUCGUGGUCAUGAUGCUCUGGAUGAUUUCAUUUCUGUGGGUCGGACAGUCUUUUGUACCUUGGGCGACAUUCCAUAUGGGUUUCGACGCAGAGGCGCUGACAAGUCGAGGCGUGGCGCUGUACUCUUUGUUUGCGGAUAUCGCAGCGUGUGUGGUUGGGAUAUUUUGCGUGUGGUUCGGGACGAGAAAGUAUCAAGAAGAGUUGAAAAAUACGAAUUGGUUUCGGGUUACGUUUGAAUCAGUCGAAGAGUUCAAACGGUGUUCGAAAGAGACUCUUUUGUUUGUGGCGACGUUUCCUCUCGUGAAUCUCGUCGCGGAACUGAACUCAAAACUGUGCGAUUAUUUUGCAAACGGUGGAACAAUUUUUAGCUUACGCGGCAUCUUGACAUCUUUAUUCGGAGGUAAUGGUUCCAGUACUCAACUGACAACCACUCCAGUGGUGGUAAAUCCAUCAAAUUUUGAGCGCGUGGCUAUGAGCGGAGACGGCGUCUCCGUAUUAUUCUACGCCGUCUUAGUCGCUGUGGUUGCCCCUAUUUGGGAAGAGGUAAUCUUUCGCGGCUUCCUCAUGCCAUCUUUGACGAAAAAGUGGCGCGUAUCCACCUCCAUAUGUCUUUCUAGCUGUAUAUUUGCUCUGGCACACUUUUCGAUGGACCGUUUCCUCCCACUCACGGCGCUUUCCGUGGCGCUCAGUAUUCUUUACGUCCGAACUCGAAACGUCGUCGCACCUAUCGUGCUUCACGCCUUGUGGAAUGCUGCGGCUGUUUUAGAAGCCACGGACGCGUUUGAUGUUUUGUUAGAGGGUUUGUUAGAAGCGUUGGGUGUUUUAGUUGGAGCUUAA